AUGUCCACCUCCCCAAUCCACUACAUCCCCCCAAGCAGGGCCCCCCAAAUCCUGUCCACGAAAAUCCUCCGCAUAAUAGCAAGCCCCCACGCCCAAGUCCCCGUCGAAACAACCAAGAGAACAAACCACUGGUCCUUCUACUUCUGCACGUCAGAGACGACGUGCGUCGCCCUGGACUGUCAGCCUAGUCAUACCGUGCCCAGUAGUGUUUUGCCUGGUGGGUCGAAGGCGUAUGUUAUUUUAUCUGAGUUGAGGGCGCCUGCGGGCCCGGAUGCGUUGCUUGAGUUUGCGGUCGGGGUGAAUGUUAGGGCUGGGUUGACUGUGGGGGACGUGGUGGAUGUUUUGGUGGAGAGUGGGAGGGAGAGGUAUGAGUUUGAUGCGGAUGGGGUGGGGUGUCGGUUUUGGGUGACGGAGGUGUUGGAGUUGUUGCUUAGGGUUGGGGUUCUGGUGGAUGCGCAGCAGGUUGAACGUGGGAAGGGGAUGGUGAAAAGGCUGUGGCCUGAGGGGAUGGGUUUAGAUCUGGAUCGCGGGGCGUAUUACUAG